AUGACAGAGUGCUACACACUAACACGGCGCGUAGUCCGUGCACACAACCAUGAAAACGACGCCUGGGUGAUCGUUCGUGGUGGUGUCUAUGACGUGACGGGGUUCUUGCGGUACCACCCGGGCGGGCGGGACGUCCUCUUGAAGCGUUUGGGCGAGGACGUCACCAGUGUUAUGAACGGCGAGCUCAAAGGUGGUCACGAGCACUCCAGUGCGGCGUAUAAAAUUCUGCAGCAGUACUACGUAGGCCCGCUGGCUGACGCGGACGCUUCUCCCGCAGAGGCAGCCGCCCUAGACGGCACGCUGGACGAGCACGGUAGACCGCUGGUCGACUUUAGUAAGCCGCUUCUGGACCAGGUUGGUAAGCUUGGGGAUAAGUAUCACCGCUGGGUGCAUUCUUUUCCGACCAGCGACCAUCAUGUGGCCCUUUUCGCGAACCCGACGCUCGAGUCACUGACAAAGUGUCCCUGGUACGUGCCGCUAGUGUUCUGGAUUCCGAUCUUUGUCUGCGGGCUGUGGUUUGUGUUUGCGCGCCUCGGUUGCUCGUUUGUUCGAGAUUUCCUACCGUUCACGACGUUUGGCUAUAUAUUUUGGAUGUUCUUCGAAUAUCUGUUACAUCGAUAUGUAUUUCACGUGCGGACCGGGACGUACUGGUCGAAUAUCUUUCAUUUUCUUAUUCAUGGACAUCACCACCUGGCGCCGAUGGAUUAUGAUCGACUCGUGUUUCCACCGAUUCCCGCAGCGCUCGUCUCGAUGCCGGUAUGGCUGACUGCACCUCGAGUGUUUGGUCUCGUGCGCGGACUGUGCUUCCUUUUUGGAUUCGGUGUUGGGUACCUUCAGUACGACAUGACACACUUUCUGGUGCAUUAUGGAACGCUACGUACGGGGUUCUUAGCCGCUCAGAAACGGCGGCACAUGAUACACCAUUUCAAAGCACCAGGGGCGAAUUUUGGUAUCAGUGUUCCCGUGCUGGACAUUGUGUUCGGGACAUUGCACCGGUAA